CAAUACACAAAUAAAAAUACAACUAUACAGCGAGUAAGGGCGCAAUAAAAAAAAAAAUAGAAAGCUUAACAGUAACCACACAAUAAUGCACGUUACACGUCGUUCCCCGGCAAUGUUGUUGAAAAUGCCACAAGACGCCACUUGUUUGAACUGAAAAGCAAGAUUCCCCCGCAGUAUUCUAUGACUAUGGAUCCGAGCUCCAGUGCUUUGACCGCCCAGGUGUGUUUCCCGGCUGCCCGUGCUGCCGUUUUGGACAACCUGAAUCGCCAGCGAGAGGAAGGCAGACUGUGUGACCUCUCCAUCCACGUUCAAGGGAAAGUGUACAGGGCCCACCGCUGUGUGCUCGCCGCAUCCUCGCCGUACUUCCAUGACCAGGUGCUCCUGAAGAAUGUGACAUCAGUUUCCCUCCCGUCAGUCAUGGACCCAGUGGCCUUUGAGAGCGUGCUCAGCUCUGCUUACACCGGCCAGCUGAGCAUUGUCCACGAUGACAUCGUCAACUACGUCACCGUGGCCAGUUUCCUCCAGAUGUGGCACAUUGUAGACAAAUGCACGGAGAUCCUAAAGAGGCAGCGGCCCUCGGCAGACGUAAACCAGCCAGAGGCCUCCGCAGCUCAUCCUGGUAGUGCGUCCAGACAGCAGUCCCCCAGCAGCACUGACUGCUUGUAUGGAGAGAGAGAGGGAAGAAGGAAGGUGGCCAAAGCGGACACUCUACCUCCUUUAGCGACAUGGAGGCGACCGCAGCAGUUUUCAAGAUGGGGCGUCUCGCGGCCCUCAUCCGCCCAGCCUGUCGCCGACUCCCAACUCGAUACCCUACCAAGCUUCGCCGAGAGCAAUUACGCCUGCUGCGAAGAGACGUGGACGUUAAAUCACAAUAAAAGCGGACACUUUGGCCACAGUAGCUCUGGUGCUGAGGGACUCAAGCAGAAACCCCGAUGUCCGCCUCGAGGAGCCCUGCAGAGCGCCGACAGACCGCUGGAUAAGAACAUGGAUGGUGAUGAAAUUACACAGAAGAAGAAGAAGAGCGAGAAAAGAGCAAUCGAGGCUGAUGAGGGAGUUGGAGAAGCGGCGGUGGAGAAAAGGGAAGGCUUUGCACAAAUUAGUCACAUCGCAGACUUGCAGCCAAUGCUAAUGGAGAACGGGGACCUCAGGAGAGCGUCUGUGAAGGUGAGUGCGGAGGAUGUGAGAGAUCGAGCGCCGAGGAGCACAGACUUGUCCGGUGUUCAUGCUUGCCACAAAGCCGAGAGCGUUUUGGUUGCCUCCUGCGUGGUUCCCACUCCGGUGCAGUGGCAGGCGGGUCCCUGGUCUCAGCAAGAGAGGGAGGAGGGCGGUAAAUCUGAGGAGGACUUUAAAUGUCUCACAGAAGGGAAUUUCAACCGAGACACCUAUGAUGAGAUUGAAGAUGGGACAGGCCAGGUUUCCCAGAGGCCUCUCGUGCCUGCGUCUGCUGAUUUCACCAGCUCUGGCAUGCUCAUGGCAGCGAGCGCUUCGCCGUUAACCUCCGCCUCCGGUCGCCACGUGUCCCCUUCCUCCGCCACUCUCCCGCCACCUUCUUCACCCCCCACCCCGUCCUCCUCGUCCUCCGUCACCAUGGCCGGCGCCCCGUAUUCGGGCAAGGUCCAUUUCUGUCACUGCGGCAAAGCCUUCACCCUGAAGAGCAUGCGCGACCGCCACGUGAAGAUGCAGCACCUCAACCUGCGGCCUUUCGGCUGCCCCGUUUGCACCAAGUCCUUCAAGAUGAAGCAUCACCUCACCAAGCACCUGAAGACCCACGGAGGGCUGCGGCCAUACGAGUGUGGAGCGUGCGGGAAGAAAGUCAUCUGGAGAGACAGCUUCCUGAGGCACCAAGCCAGGUGCGAGAGGGUGGCGUCCUCCGAGGACAACAACACGAGCUCGGCUCAGGCCGACUUGGCCAACAGCUACGGUUACGCCUUCCACGGCGGGGACGCCUUUCUCGCUAUGGGAGGCCAAGUGAAAGUGGAGGAGGUGGAUUUCCACGGGGAAAUGGAGGAUGGGAUGAGCGGGCUGUUGGGAAGCGUGUCCAGGAUUGUGGAUGAGCUAAGAACUGAAAACUUGGACACCGGUGGCCAUGUUUACAAAGAGGAGGCGAGUGAAGGCUUUAGUGAGUCAAAAUAGGAUUUAUAGUCGUGUGUGUGACUUCUUAAACUAAUGCUGCACGAAAAAAUACUAUUCAUUUCUAAAUGGGCGUGCAAGAGUGCACACGCAGGGUUUCCCCUUAAGGUAAUUGAUCGUUGCGGCCAACGCAGCAAGAUAAAAGCUUGCUCUCCUUAAUUUGUGUUUUUUUAUGUGAAAAUUAAUUGUGUGAAUGCUCCAAAGCAUUCACACAAUUAGUUUUCUACACCAAAGUACAUCUACCGUAUUUUUCAGAGUAUAAAGUCGCUCCGGAUUAUAAGUCGCACCAGCCGAAAAUGCAUAAUAAAGAAAGAAAAAACAUAUAUAAGUCACACUGGAGUAUAAGUCGCAUUUUUUGGGGAAAUGUAUUUGAUAAAAGCCAACAGCAAGAAUAGACAUUUGAAAGGCAAUUUAAAAUAAAUCAAGAAUAGUGAACAACAGGCUGAAUAAGUGUACGUUAUAUGAGGCAUAAAUAACCAACUGGUAUGUUAACGUAACAUAUUAUGGUAAGAGUCAUUCAAAUAACUAUAACAUAUAGAACAUGCUAUAUGGACUUAUAGUUAGAAAAAUACAGUAUUCAACUUCUUCAACUUCUACUUCUCCAGAUUUUGGCGUGCUCUACCUUCCACAUUUUUCACUCAAUUCAAACCGUUCCAAUUUCAAACUGUUCAGCCUAUUUGGGAAUCACGGGCUUUCCCUUGACAAAUUCCAAAAAUUCCCAGAUUUCCCAGAAUUCCAGGUUUUCCGCGACAUUUUUCCCAUUCAAAAUGAAUUGGCCAUUUUUCAAACUUCAUUUAAUUUCCACAUUUUUCAACCGAUUAAAACCAUUCCACCUUUAACAUAUUCCAUUCAUCCUGGACAG